CGGGAGACAGUGGAGCGGCACCGAUUCACGCGCGAUGCGGCGCGCAGCGCGGCGCGAGUGCUGUCACUUCCGACUAUUUUUCACGGAGUUACGAAUCGCGUAGCGAGCUCUUGACGCGUGACGUGAUACAGAAAAUUGCACGCCGCGUUGGUUGACUCGCGCGCGCGCGCGCGAGAACGGAAGAAAGUAUCGCAAGAAGACCGGUUUUUACGCGCGAUCCCUCCGAGAUGCCAGGCUCCGGUGUUCUUGCAAUUUAAAGUUACGGCGCUUUCUAUUUGCGCAUCGAAUUCCCCCCUCGCUCUCCCCGUCAUCUUGUUUGUGGGGAUGACAUUUGAGAAUGACAACAUAGACACCUGGCGUACACGUAAUCGCUUAUUUCCGGAAGUCAGAGCAGACAUCGACAGGAGCUUCGCCGCGCCAGUCAGUCACAAUGGAUGUCGAAACCGGGGCCAUUUUGGCCCUGCAGAUAUUGGCGCUGUGCUCGAUAGUCGCAGCCCUGCUGGCCUACCUGAUGCGACAGUCCAGGAAUGCCGCCGACGAAUACGAGUCCCGUAACAGACGUCAUGUACUCGUUACCAGCUGUGAUACAUGCGUGGGCCUGCAGAUCGCCCUUGCACUCUACGAAGCCGGCUACAAGGUGUUCGCGGGUCUGCUGGACCCAACUGGUAGCUCGCCGUCGGUCAAGAUCUUGAAGGCGAUCGAGCUGGAGCGGCAGAAAGAGGACGAGCCCGGCGGUGCGGGUGAUGGUGAUCCGCAGCAAUCGGAAGCCGCACGUGCCCGCGGUCAAAUCGUGCCAUUGGAGCUGGACCCGACGAGGGAGGACAGUUUGCGUGCUUGUUUGGACGCCGUCAGGGCGAAACUUCCGGCCGGCGAGGAUGGUCUCUGGGCAGUCGUGCACACGGGCGGCUUGGUUUUACCAGGUGUCAUAGAAAAACAAACCAGCUCGAUGUGGGAAUCCAUGUUGCGCCAUAAUUUGGUUGCUCCGCUAAGAACAGUUAGAGUGUUCAUCCCUCUUUUGCGUAUCAAGAGAGGGCGCAUCGUUCUUCUGGGCGACUCCGAGACGAGCUACGACGGCAAGGCGGGCUUCGGACUGGUGGCGUUCAACGCGUCCCGAAAAGCCGUGGAGGGUGCCGCGGAGGCGUUAAAAAGCGAAUUACAUUCAUCGGGCGUCGACGUCGUACUUCUCAAACCGCCGCCCGUGAAUCCCCUCGUUCUUUAUGCAUCGCCCGUUCUCAAGACGGUCGACGUGGAGUCUGGCGUAACAGCCUCGGAAGGGACGUGGACUGCACCGCUAUCGAUUCAUUCUGUGCAGAGCGCUCUGAUUCCUGCGAUUACGACGUCGUGCCCUCCAAGCGUUUACGAUAUGUCCGUCAAACCGAGGCUCUUCUGUCGAUAAAUCCCUUCCACGUCGCGUAAACGGACCGAAAGAUCGCGAGACGUAAUAAUAUCGCGGGGAUUCCUCGAGUCGACGCGAUACGCGGUAUAUGCGGGAACAAUGGGAAAAUGUGCAAUAUAAUGGUAUACACGCGCGCGUUCUCGCCGCGGCGCGGCGGUGUCAUUUGCGCCGACGUGUCAGCUCGCGUGUUCUGGAGCGUCAUGUGCGGUAUUUGCUUUUCUCGGUUUCGCGGUAGGCGACAUUUCCCGCGUGUGAAUGAUGAUUAUUUUUUCAUACGCCUAUCCCGAACGGUAUCAAUUAUAAAUUCUCGCUUUUGUUGCCCGUCCAAAAUAUUUUUGUAUCGCUGUCAGGCUUCGGCGACUCGAGGAAAUCUUCUCGAUUAUUAUUUAAUGAAACAGCCGGUGAUUUUCAUCGCCACUGGAAUAAAUACGUGACGACAAUUCUUAAAGCGCAUUUUCCGUCCCUUCGUCUUGCGAAAAUAAAAUUUUUCUAAUGCUAUUUUACGUUGUAAAAAUAAAAUUUUGUUUCCAAAAUAACUUUUAUCGUCUGUUUAUAUAUAUUUUACAAUUGCACAUUGUGCGCGAGUUCGGUAGAUUUAUCUUCGAUUGCAAUGUUCAAAUAUUUGAUUGUGUUGCAAUUUCGCGAAAUGUAUACUUCAAGAGGUUAAAACGGAAAAUGUGUUUUACUUAAAAGGCUCCGGUGUACGUGUAUCGUGAAGUCAAGAGACUUCUCUACCUUUGCGCAUGUGUAAAUAUCCGAUCUAUAAUAACACGAAACAUCCGGAUAUAACUUUUGUAGAUUUGAAAUUAUUCUGCAAAAAUUUUAAUCAUGUAAUUUACAUAUUUUUUAAAGAGGUACACAAUAAAUAAUCUUUUUCCUAGUGUUCAUUAUUUUUUAGCCUUUUUUUCAAACGGAGUUUUCAAUGAUUUUCUUUUUAAAAAUAAACUUUUAAUAAUGGACGAUUAAUAUAUUGUCUCUCAUCGCUUCUACGUCGCAGUUGAAAUUGUAUGAAAAUGUUUGCAAUACUUUUUCGCAUCUUCAAAUCUACAAUAGUUAUUCAAUCGUCUUCUUCUCGUUUGAUAGACUAUUCUGUAUUAUGUAGGUCAACCAUUCAUGAAAACUACUUGUAUUUAUAAAGCAUGAUUGAAAUGUGAAGCUUUUACCAAUAAAUCUAUUUUUAGAUGAAGAUGAUAGAGUUUUCUUAAAAGAUAUCGUAACGCACAUAUGAAUGCUGUUGUUAAGUUAAAAUAAUAAGUAAUUUAUAAUAUAUCCUCUUACUUGUAACAGUCGAUAACAGUUUUAUAUGUAUUGUUGGUCAAAAUAUGUAAAAAUAAUAUGGAAAAAAAAAGA